AUGACAUUCCGACCAUUGCGUCCAAAACUUGCUGAACCGAUCAUAGAAGAAAAGAAUACCGCCAAUGAAAGUCCGGAAUGGCUCAGGAAAUCAUUUGAUGAUUUCGAAACUGCUGACGUUGUUUUCGUUGUCGAGGGAAAGAAAAUCCACGCGCACAAAGCCAUUCUGAUAAUGCGAUGCGACGUAUUCAGGACGAUCUUCCAGGGCGAUUGGACAGAGAGCAAUGAAAGUGAGCAAAUCAUCGAGCAUCAAAGCUACGGCGCAUUUUAUGCCUUUUUGAAAUACUUCUACACAGACGACAUUGACUUACCGCCAGACUCCGCACUCGAGCUUCUUGAUUUAGCGCAUUUCUACCACCUUCCCGUGCUGCAAGAGAAAUGCGGACAAUUAGUUAAAAGAGGCGUGACGGUGGAAAACGCAGCCGCGAUUCUCGAGAAGGCGAUUUACUACGAAUCAAAGGAUCUUGAGGAGUACGUGUUCCAGUUCUGCUUAGAUCACAUGACUGGCGUGAUUAGCAGUGACGGCUUCAAAAAGUUGGAUAAAGAUACCGUAUCAGAGUUUCUGAAGCGUGCAGCACAGUACGGAGCUUUCAAGAAUUGA